GCCCAUCCAGUCUCUGCUUCAGCUUCGCACGCCUCCUUCGGAAGUCGCCCUAUUCAGCGAGAGCCACGGCGUCACCUGCGUCCGCGGCCAGCUCGACGCUGAAAGAGGAUGCAGGACGUUAUAUUGCCAUCGGUCUUGGAGUCGUUGGCAAAGGAGUAGCAACUUCGCUUACUUGCGCAUUACGAACUGCAAAAACAAGAACGCGUUGCAACCUGGCCUGUGUCGACGACUCCAGGCAAUAAUAUGCCAGUCCCAAGGCACGCGAACACUGGAAGGGAGGUACAAGUCAGCGAGCGAGAUUGAGUGGCGUCUCGGCCUUCCCCAUCUGUGCUGUUGCCCCUUACGUUCGUGGCAUAGCGCCACGUGUCUGGCAAAGCUAUUGCUCUAGCGCCAACCAAACGGUCGACAGACGGGCUCUUACCGUAAUGAGAAAGGGCUUCACGCUCGGGGCGCGCGCUCUCAGCGCAGUCUCGCGCGGCUAGACACGUUCUCACGGCUGUAUACUUUCAAGGCGUCGACAAGCGUCGAGCCUUCGAAUGAGGAUAUGCAAUGUGCACGCGAGAGGCUGAAGUAUGUACGCAUGGGCCAUGCGUUACCAGAAUGCCAUAAACGCCCGUCCAACUCUUCGUCGCGCAGUGGCACGACUCGUCACUCUCUACCUUCUCCCUCACGACAGCCUCAUCCGCCAACAUGUUGUUCAGCACAGUCCUGGUUGCCCUUCUCCCCAUCGUCGGCGUUCUGGCGAACCCUGCCUCUAAGUCAGACAGCUGCCAGAGCGGACCCAUCAGCAUUAACGGACGCCAAUGCGUGCGUAGCUGCAACUACGAGUUCACAAGCGGCAGCUACAAGAACAACUAUCAAUCCUGCUACGACGACUGUGUCAAGGCCUGCGCCAAAGAUUCGAAAUGCCUGAGCGCCAAAUGGAGCAAGAAGACCCACAAGUGCUACUAUAACGCCAACCCAUCUCCGUACUUCGAGAAGACGAGCAAAGGCCAUGGUGUGAAGUGUGCCAAGCCAGCUCCAAAGAUUCCAACUUGCGACACUAACAGCCGCUCCUGCGAUGGCGGCUGCUUCUGCGACUUCCGUGUUGGUGCGGAAGGUGGUGCAUGCAACGCUUUUGCUGGUGACUGUUCUGGCCUGUCGAGCUGCAACUCAGACAAGGACUGCCCAUCCGGUCGCGCCUGUGUCGAUGUGGGAUGCAACACUGGGUACAGCAAAGGCACGUGUUCUUCCUUCACCGAAUGCCUGAACAACAAGGGACCACGUUUCUAUCCUGGUUCGAGGCAAUGAGUGAAAUUGGAAGUGCAACCAGCAGUUGGGAGUACGUGAUUGGGAUCGAGAAAGGGCGAGUGAGGCACAGUCUCAUAGCAAGUCUCCGGCGACACAAUGCGCUAAGCGUCUUGGUUGUUGCUAAACAUAGGCAUGCAUGCUGUGCCGCAAUGGGUGGUUAAGAUUGAUUCAGUACAUGAUUCUUACGAAGUUAUGAGACAAAUGUCCAAGUGCAUCGCAACUAGUCAGAGC